AAAAAGGAGUAGAGCAAUAUGCCUACCACUGCUUCCUCAUAAAGGCAAGCAAAAAGCACAAAUACCAAAAAUUGAUGAAUCAGGUGACCACGAUAAAGACGAUGCUGAUGAAUUGUUUGAUAAACUUGAGUAUGAAAUUAAAAUUGAAAGCCCGGCUGUAUGUUUGGCGGUGAUAGAAGAAAUUCCAACCGAUAAGAAAGUAUUUCCUGAUGAAAAACCAACAAUAGAAGAACAAUUAAAUAAGAUCAUUGUUGAUACAAAUAUUGAAGAAAAAUAUAAAGAGAGCAUAAAAGAGUUAUUUAAAAACAAUAAGAACUUAUUUUAA